AAUCGUUGGUUAGAAGGCGAUCGCCGAAUUCGUCCUCGCUUUCUCCCGUGUUGCUGGCUGUCGUGUCGUUUUUGUCGGUUUCGCUUGCAUACGGUUCAAACCGAUAUGGCUCAAUAGCUUCAGUUUCUUCUUCAAUUUCGUUUUCGCUACCUGCCUCCACACUACAACCAUCCGUUUCAAUACAUGCGUAAUCUGUUGAUUCGCUUAAGCCGCUGAAAUCCGAGUCUGAAUCCGAGCUAAUGUCGCUAUAGCUUGCUGUUCUAUGCGCCAUGUUUGUUUGUGUUGGCAUCACUAUGUGACGUCACAGGAAAAUGGACGGGUGUAUAUAACGAUGGUUAAAAUCAGGCACUUUGAAGCUUUUUUUUAGGGAUAUUGCGUGAUGGGUAAAAUUUUGAAAAAAACAUCGAAAAAUAUAAUAUGGGUUGUACUUGUAUAGCGCUUUUCUACCUUCAAGGUACUCAAAGCGCUUUGACACUACUUCCACAUUUACCCAUUCACACACACAUUCACACACUAAUAAGCCACUGGGAACUGAUUUUUAAUGGUUUUAACCAUUCUGAAAUUGUGAUCAUGUUCCCCUUUAAUGAUUAUAAUACAAAUGUUGUAUCAUAGUGGCAUUACCACAGGUAACAAUAAUUAUUACACUGUAACAAUAAUUUGUAUCAACAAUGUAGGAAGAAUGAAUAUACCAACAAUGGUAAUAGACAAAAUACCAACAAUGGUAAUAGACAACAUAGCAAUAAUGGUAAGGAAACAUUGAGCACAUGAUAACACUUUGAGACAGAGUACAACAGCAGGUCAAAUUAAAGACCCCCUACUUUGGACACUCAUCAAGCUACUUUUCUCCCGGGGAGUUUGGACCGGGUUAUGACCGAAAGGACAAGAUCACGGGUACAAGCGGCCGAAAUGAGUUUCCUCCGCCGGGUGGCGGGUCUCUCCCUUAGAGAUAGGGUGAGAAGUUCUGCCAUCCGGGAGGAACUCAGAGUAAAGCCGCUGCUCCUCCACAUCGAGAGGAGCCAGAUGAGGUGGUUCGGGCAUUUGGUCAGGAUGCCAUCCGAACGCCUCCCUAGAGAGGUGUUUAGGGCACGUCCGACCGAUAGGAGGCCACGGGGAAGACCCAGGACACGUUGGGAAGACUAUGUCUCCCGGCUGGCCUGGGAACGCCUCGGGAUCCCCCGGGAGGGGCUGGACAAAGUGGCUGGUGAGAGGGAAGUCUGGGCUUCCCUGCUUAGGCUGCUGCCCCCGCGACCCGACCUCGGAUAAGCGGAAGAAGAUGGAUGGAUUAUUUUUUCCACCAAAAUUUAUGAAUAUCGACAUAUUGUCAUUUGGUGUGUUAAUUAAUUAAAUUUCCCCAAUUCCCACUAUGUCUGUUUCUCUUGAUUUCAGAGUAUGUAAAAGCCGCUAGGGGCAGAACUGCGGUGUUGUAUCCGUGAGCCGCAGCAGAAUAGCCACCGAAGAAGAAAAUGCGGAAGUGUACCCACUGACCUGAAAGCUAACGUGAAUGCAGGUUGUUGUUAUUUGUUGUCUUUGUACUUAUUUCGCAACAUACGUGUGAUAAAGAAACAAUAUCAACGCUUUUUGAAGCCGAGAUAAGUUAGGCCGCUUGUGCAGAGGUAAGCAGCCCGUUGCUGAUAAAGCUAAUGUGAAAAAAUGUGUAAAGUCAAAAAGCUGAGGGCGUUGAUGGAGCAGCGACUCAAUUCCGUUGUGGAAGAAAUAUUCGGACUGUUCGAAAGAACCAUAGCAGAGUACGAGGAGGAACUUUCCAGUACCAGAAAGGAUUACGAGAGGCAACGCCACCAACUCGAUGCUGUUCUCAAACCUCCAGUUCGGUUACACGGAGCAGGCAUUCAACGGGUGUUGGCAGAGAGUCAAGGAGAGGGUUUGUCCAAGGAGCAGGAGUGGAGGGCUGAUAUGGGACAGGAUGAGCCAGAGCCCCCUCAAAUAAAAGAAGAUGAGGAGGAACUGUGGGAGGAGUUUCAAGUGUUGGAGGCUGACGUCAACAAGCUGACAUUUCCAGGUGUUCUUGUGAAGAGUGAGGACAGUGAAGACGAUGCGCGUCAGUCCCUUCAGCUUCUUCCCAGCCAAAGUGCAGAGAACACAGGUGCGCAGCCACAAAAUCAACACAUUACAGAAGGUGAUGGAGAAGACGUGCAGGACCGUCAUAUAGGCGGGAAAGGCAUUCAACGGGUGUUGGCAGAGAGUCAAGAAGAGGGUUUGUCCAAGCAUCAUGAACCAGAGCCCCCCCACAUAAAAGAGGAAGAGGGUGAACUGUGGGAGGAGUUUCAUGUGUUGGAGUCUGACGUCAUCAACAAGCUGACAUUUCCAGGUGUUUUUGGGAAGAGUGAGGACAGUGACCACGAUGCGCGUCAGUCCCUUCAGCUUCUUCCCAGCAAAAGUGCAGGAAACAGAGGGGCGCAGCCACAAAGUCAACACGUGACAGAAGGUGAUGGAGACGACAUGUCAGACUCUUCUGAGACUGAGCUCAGCAAUGAGGUCCAAGAAGCUGCUGAGAAUAAUAAUGACUCUAAAGGUGAUAUGAGGCAUCACACUGACAACAAACACUUUGUCUGCUCUGAAUGUGGGAAAUCAUUUGACAAAAAGGGAAACCUGAACAGACACAUCCAAGUACACACUGGAGAGAAACCUUUUGCAUGCUCAGUUUGCGCUAAAAGAUUCUCUUCAAAGUGCACCCUGAAAAGACACAUGAUGAUACACACAGGGGAGAAUCCCUUUUCCUGCUCCGUUUGUGCUAAAAGAUUCCGAGACAGCUAUGAAUUGAUGCUACACAUGAGAAUACACACCGGCGAGAAACCUUUUUCCUGUUCUAUUUGCAGGAAUAACUUCUCCAGAAAACUCGAUAUGUUAACACACAUGAGAUCCCACAUGGAGAAGCAGUGUGUCUGCUCGCUUUGCCCCAAAAGAUUCACUAGUAAAAAGUACGCCAUGAUACACAUGAGGACACACACCGGGGAAAAACCGUUCAGUUGCAACGUGUGCGAUAAAAGGUUCACGUAUAGAUAUCAGGUCAGCAGACACAAGUGUGUAACAGUCAUGGAAGCUGCAAGGACUUGAGUAGCUAAAUGUACUUAAAAACAGCAUGCUCAAAAAGCUGUUUAUAUUGUACUCUAUGUCAGGGGUGCUCACCUUUUUCCACACAAAUAGCCAAAAAGUUUAUAUAUUUAGUACCAAUAACAAUGAUGGAUGGCAACUAGUUAGCCAACUAGUUAGCUUUGCAAAAAUGCUAUCAUGAUUGUGUGAGCGUUAAGGGUGUCUCAAACGUUUUCACUCCCGAUACAAUAACGAUAUUGAUCAGAUCCGAUAUCAGCAGAAAUCAUACAUCAUUUUAUUAUUUUGUAGUGUGGAAUGUUAGGAAAGGUUUGGUCAAGUGAAAUUUGUCAACAGAGUACAAAGAUAGGUCUGAAAAACACUAUUCUAUUUAUUAUUAAUCGUCUGGAAUGGACCUAAUCUGUCUUUAAGUUGAAGUGAAGUGGUAAUUGUCUUUGGCGACAUCUUGUAAUCACAAACAUGUAUUAAGUUAAGGUCAUGACGCAGUAAAGUGAAUGGUGCGGACACGUUUGUUACUGGCUACGUUCUCAUAUGUUUUUGACUUGUUGACUUUGUAUCUGUAAGUAAUAUAAUAUGAUAUGAUGUAUAUAAUAUAAUAAUUAUUUAUUGAUCCAUCCAUCUAUUUUCUACCGAGGCUUUUUUAUAUUGACAAAUGUGUUUUAGACUGCAAUAUUGUUCAAUUAAGAACACUUAUUUUUAUCUAGCGUGUGCUAUUGUGUGCUUAGCUGUUGUGUAGCUACUAGUAGCCUCUAGAACAGUGGUUCUCAACCUUUUUUCAGUGAUGUACCCCCUGUGAAAAUUGUUUUAAUUCAUGUACCCCCUAAUCAGAGCUAAGCAUUUUUGGUUGAAAAAAAGAGAUAAAGAAGUAAAAUACAGCACUAUGUCAUCAGUUUCUGAUUUAUUAAAUUGUAUAACAGUGCAACAUAUUGCUCAUUUGUAGUGGUCUUUCUUGAACUAUUUGGAAAAAAAGAUAGGUUUUUAUUUAUAUUUAUAAAGGAUUUUUGAAUUGUUACUAUUUUUAGAAUAUUUAAAAAAAUCUCACGUACCCCUUGGCAUACCUUCAAGUACCGCCAGGGGUACGUGUACCCCCAUUUGAGAACCACUGCUCUAGACUACCAUGUUUACCUUUUGUAAAUGACUCAAAUACAAGAAAAAAUAACUGUGUGCUUAUUGGAGGACAUAUAGAUUUUAACUGGAUGUCCCGCUUUUCACAAGUAAACACGGACUGGUUCUAGCUAUACAAAAUACAAAUACAGUAUUGGAAAAGUUUAGAUGCAAGCCAAUUUAGUCCAAUGCUUGUUUUUUUAUGCAGAUAUUGGACUGAUAUGUAAUAUUAAUAUCCGAUCGGGGCACCACAGUGAUCUUAAAAGAUCAGUAUGAAUAUAUAUGACAUUUGGGAAGCCAAAUUUGGCCCCCGGCGCCCACUUUGGGCACCCCUGCACUAUGUAAUGCAUCUCAUCUUCUUGUGUUACGUGUGUUUUGCCCUCCAAUGACUUCUAAAGUUGUGGACAGGUUUGGAAAAUGGGCAUUUGUCUAAACUUGCAGUGUUGGCUGCAAGCGCCUCUUAGAGGGCCGCCAAAAAUAUCCGUUUCUCAGCUGUGGCUACUCAGUUGUAAUACACUUUUCCACCACUUGCAGCACUAAUAACAAUACAAAACAAACAGAAUAAGUCCUGAGCUAAAGUCAUAGAGAAGUUGCUUAAAUUAAAAAAACAUGACUAACGCGUUGAAGCUUUAUUUUCAUUUGCACUUUAAUUUUAUUGACAGCUUAGUCAAGAAACAUGUUUAUUCUUAAUUUACUUAAUUUAUUUUAGUGCAACAUACUUGUAUGUAAGUGUAUUUUCCAUCAAUGAGUCCCUUCUUAUGCAGUAUAUUUGGUUAUUACUAGUUUUGUUAAUCAGCCUGAUCAAAGCCUAAGGUUUAUGUGUUUAAUAAAUAAUAAUCUUUGUGAUCAA